AUGAUAGACGAUUAAAUAAAAGACAAGUUUACUUCAACUAAACCAAACAUUCCUGAUGAAGCAGAGUUUGUUAUAGCAACACCAUAAAUAAUAGUUCCAGAGAAAUUAGUAUAACCAACUGGAUAAGUGGGUCCAGCAAGGCCAUCAAGUGAAGAAAGUUAUUCAUCUGAUGAAGAAGUUUUUGAGCCUGAUUAUGAGCCAAUUCAAAAAUAAGUUAAAGUGAAUGAAAAUGAUGGAAUAAGGAUAAAUAGAGAUUCUGCUGAAAGAAAAAAGUAAAAUUUCUAAGAUGAAGAUGAUGAUUAUAUUGAUCCUGCUGCAUUAGCUAGAGAUCCUGCAUUAAGAGAGGCAGUUGAAGCAUAAGCAGCAAAAAAAGCUCUUUUAAAAUUCAAACCUUAAAAUGAAGAAUUGCCUUCUAUGGAACUUUAAAAGGAGAGAUUAGCUACUUUUCCUAUAACACAUUAAUUAUUAAUAAAAGGACAUACUAAAUAAGCAACAGCAAUUGGCAUAGAUAAUGCUGGUUCAAGAUUAGUUACAGGAGCAUAUGAUUGUGUAGUUAGAUUUUGGGACUUUUAUGGUAUGGAUAAGAAUACACAUAGCUUUAGAUUGGUUACACCAUAUGAAGGGAAUUAAGUGAAUUAAAUAAGUUGGGCAAAGGAUGGAAAAAAUGUAUUGAUAAUUUGUGCUGAUGCAUAAGCAUGUGUAUUAGAUAGAGAAGGAAAGAGAACUAUGGAUACUCAUAGAGGAGAUAUGUAUAUUCGAGACAUUUUAAAAACUAUUGGACAUACAGCAGCCAUAAAUUCUGGUUGUUUUCAUCCAGAUUUUAGUGAUGUCUUUGUUACUUGUAGUGAUGAUGGAACAGUAAGGAUUUGGGAUAUGACUAAAAAACUUUAUGGAGUUGCAUAAUGUUUAACUCAUAAAGAUGCUGUUAAAUGUGUAGAUAAAACAGGUCAUAAAGUAUUAGUACAAUGUGUAACAAUAAGAGGAAGACUUUUGUUAUGUGCUUGUAGUGAUAAUACUAUAAAAGCUUAUGAAGUCAAUUAAAAUUGUAGAGAAAUUAAAAAAAGACCAUUAUUUAUUAUACAAGAUGCUCAUAAAGGAUUUGUUACUAAAAUUAAAAUUUUAGCUGAUUAAAAACGAUUUAUUACAUAGAGUGUUGAUAAUACUAUAAAACUUUGGGAAACUACAAAUACUAAUCAUCAUAUUUAUCUAUAAUAUUGUAAUAUUAAUAGAUUUCCACCAACAAGAUUUGAUUUAAAUUUUAAUGAAAGUAUACUUGUAACAGCUCAUCACACUUUUAAAGAUGGAUAUCAUAUAGUAGGACCAACUGAAUUAUUAUUCUUAAAUGUUAAUGAUUUAAGUAUUAAUUGUAGAGUUUAGUUAUUUGAUUAAGCUAUUACAGAAGUUUUAUGGCAUCCAACAUUAAAUUAAAUAUUUUUAGGAAGUGAUGAUGGUCAUGUUAGAGCAUUGUUUAAUCCUAAAUUAAGUUAAAAAGGAGCUUUAUUAGCAACAAAUAGAGCAGUAAAAUUUGUUCAUGCUGAAAAUAUGGAACUUGAAAGACAUGUUUUAAUUCCUGAAAAUUUAUAUAUUUUUAAAGUAAGUGAAACAGUUCAUGGAGGAAUGAAAAUUGUUGAAGAAANUUAGCUAGAGAUCCUGCAUUAAGAGAGGCAGUUGAAGCAUAAGCAGCAAAAAAAGCUCUUUUAAAAUUCAAACCUUAAAAUGAAGAAUUGCCUUCUAUGGAACUUUAAAAGGAGAGAUUAGCUACUUUUCCUAUAACACAUUAAUUAUUAAUAAAAGGACAUACUAAAUAAGCAACAGCAAUUGGCAUAGAUAAUGCUGGUUCAAGAUUAGUUACAGGAGCAUAUGAUUGUGUAGUUAGAUUUUGGGACUUUUAUGGUAUGGAUAAGAAUACACAUAGCUUUAGAUUGGUUACACCAUAUGAAGGGAAUUAAGUUAAUUAGAUAAGUUGGGCAAAGGAUGGAAAAAAUGUAUUGAUAAUUUGUGCUGAUGCAUAAGCAUGUGUAUUAGAUAGAGAAGGAAAGAGAACUAUGGAUACUCAUAGAGGAGAUAUGUAUAUUCGAGACAUUUUAAAAACUAUUGGACAUACAGCAGCCAUAAAUUCUGGUUGUUUUCAUCCAGAUUUUAGUGAUGUCUUUGUUACUUGUAGUGAUGAUGGAACAGUAAGGAUUUGGGAUAUGACUAAAAAACUUUAUGGAGUUGCAUAAUGUUUAACUCAUAAAGAUGCUGUUAAAUGUGUUGAUAAAACAGGUCAUAAAGUAUUAGUACAAUGUGUAACAAUAAGAGGAAGACUUUUGUUAUGUGCUUGUAGUGAUAAUACUAUAAAAGCUUAUGAAGUCAAUUAAAAUUGUAGAGAAAUUAAAAAAAGACCAUUAUUUAUUAUACAAGAUGCUCAUAAAGGAUUUGUUACUAAAAUUAAAAUUUUAGCUGAUUAAAAACGAUUUAUUACAUAGAGUGUUGAUAAUACUAUAAAACUUUGGGAAACUACAAAUACUAAUCAUCAUAUUUAUCUAUAAUAUUGUAAUAUUAAUAGAUUUCCACCAACAAGAUUUGAUUUAAAUUUUAAUGAAAGUAUACUUGUAACAGCUCAUCACACUUUUAAAGAUGGAUAUCAUAUAGUAGGACCAACUGAAUUAUUAUUCUUAAAUGUUAAUGAUUUAAGUAUUAAUUGUAGAGUUUAGUUAUUUGAUUAAGCUAUUACAGAAGUUUUAUGGCAUCCAACAUUAAAUUAAAUAUUUUUAGGAAGUGAUGAUGGUCAUGUUAGAGCAUUGUUUAAUCCUAAAUUAAGUUAAAAAGGAGCUUUAUUAGCAACAAAUAGAGCAGUAAAAUUUGUUCAUGCUGAAAAUAUGGAACUUGAAAGACAUGUUUUAAUUCCUGAAAAUUUAUAUAUUUUUAAAGUAAGUGAAACAGUUCAUGGAGGAAUGAAAAUUGUUGAAGAAAAGAAAAGUGUUAAAGAUUAACCAAGAAAGCCUGAACCUCCAUAAAAAGGUCCAGGAAAAGGAGGAAAAAGAUCAGGACCAGCUACAUUAACAUAAAAUUUGAUGAGCACAUUAAAUGAUAGACCAGAAAAAGAAGAUGUUGUUGAAGAAUUAACAAAAUUGGAUGCUAUUACCAAAGCAAAUCCNUAGUUACAGGAGCAUAUGAUUGUGUAGUUAGAUUUUGGGACUUUUAUGGUAUGGAUAAGAAUACACAUAGCUUUAGAUUGGUUACACCAUAUGAAGGGAAUUAAGUUAAUUAGAUAAGUUGGGCAAAGGAUGGAAAAAAUGUAUUGAUAAUUUGUGCUGAUGCAUAAGCAUGUGUAUUAGAUAGAGAAGGAAAGAGAACUAUGGAUACUCAUAGAGGAGAUAUGUAUAUUCGAGACAUUUUAAAAACUAUUGGACAUACAGCAGCCAUAAAUUCUGGUUGUUUUCAUCCAGAUUUUAGUGAUGUCUUUGUUACUUGUAGUGAUGAUGGAACAGUAAGGAUUUGGGAUAUGACUAAAAAACUUUAUGGAGUUGCAUAAUGUUUAACUCAUAAAGAUGCUGUUAAAUGUGUUGAUAAAACAGGUCAUAAAGUAUUAGUACAAUGUGUAACAAUAAGAGGAAGACUUUUGUUAUGUGCUUGUAGUGAUAAUACUAUAAAAGCUUAUGAAGUCAAUUAAAAUUGUAGAGAAAUUAAAAAAAGACCAUUAUUUAUUAUACAAGAUGCUCAUAAAGGAUUUGUUACUAAAAUUAAAAUUUUAGCUGAUUAAAAACGAUUUAUUACAUAGAGUGUUGAUAAUACUAUAAAACUUUGGGAAACUACAAAUACUAAUCAUCAUAUUUAUCUAUAAUAUUGUAAUAUUAAUAGAUUUCCACCAACAAGAUUUGAUUUAAAUUUUAAUGAAAGUAUACUUGUAACAGCUCAUCACACUUUUAAAGAUGGAUAUCAUAUAGUAGGACCAACUGAAUUAUUAUUCUUAAAUGUUAAUGAUUUAAGUAUUAAUUGUAGAGUUUAGUUAUUUGAUUAAGCUAUUACAGAAGUUUUAUGGCAUCCAACAUUAAAUUAAAUAUUUUUAGGAAGUGAUGAUGGUCAUGUUAGAGCAUUGUUUAAUCCUAAAUUAAGUUAAAAAGGAGCUUUAUUAGCAACAAAUAGAGCAGUAAAAUUUGUUCAUGCUGAAAAUAUGGAACUUGAAAGACAUGUUUUAAUUCCUGAAAAUUUAUAUAUUUUUAAAGUAAGUGAAACAGUUCAUGGAGGAAUGAAAAUUGUUGAAGAAAAGAAAAGUGUUAAAGAUUAACCAAGAAAGCCUGAACCUCCAUAAAAAGGUCCAGGAAAAGGAGGAAAAAGAUCAGGACCAGCUACAUUAACAUAAAAUUUGAUGAGCACAUUAAAUGAUAGACCAGAAAAAGAAGAUGUUGUUGAAGAAUUAACAAAAUUGGAUGCUAUUACCAAAGCAAAUCCACAAUAUGUUGCAUAGGCAUAUAAAUAUACAUAACCUGAUUAAAUAUUCGACUACUCUACAAAUUAAUAAUAAGAACACACCUUCUUAUCCUCAAUCAAAAAAAUAUGUCCUCAUUGUGGUAUGAAGAUUUGUGCUUGUAAAAGAAAAGUAGUUUGA